CAAUCUCAUGUACUUUGUAGUCUGCCCAAUCCCCAGCAUAGUGUGUAUGUACAUUCCAGUCCCCCAAUCCCUAGCAUUGUGUGUAUAUGUGUCCCAGCCCAUCCAAUCACCGGGAUGGGCACCUCUAGACUGUCCAAUCUGCAGCGUCAAAUGUAUCACAGUCCGUCCAAUCACAAACCUUUUCCGCGUCCUAGCCUGUCCAAUCACCAGUGUAGUAGUACCUGUAAUUGUCCAAUCCCCGACAUCGAACAUUUCACAGCCGUCCAAUCCCCAUCUCCGCGAACGUCAUAGUCAGUACAAUUCCCUUAAGUUCGUUAGCUUCUCAAAGCUUGGAGCAGAACGGUUGGCGGUGGCACAGCGAGCGGUCGUCCCGCUGCCAUCUUGCCGAGCAGACCUACUGAGAGAGCUCGAAGACACCUUCGAAAUGGAUCGUCCCCUCAACUUUGAGCACGAGGACUCCGGCUACCAGAGCCUGGGAGUUGGUGCUUACUUGGAAGAAGCCAAAGAAGCCAAGCCUCCUGAGAUCAAUGUAGGGGCAGGAGGCGAUGGUGGUGACCAAAUCUGGCCCAAACCCGAUUUGGGAGUAGCUGCGGGAGAGGGCAGCGCUUUUGGUUUCGUAGAUGUCGGUGCGGGAGCACCUGGCACCAAGACCGAUGAGGAAAACAAGGGCUAUGGUGUGCAGGACCAGGACCAGCCAGCCCUCGAGGCUGCGGCCGGGAUGCCGCAACUCGAGGAUGAUGCUAAUCUCCACAUGAUCUGCAGCGCCUUCAGCAGGCUGCAGCUUAGCGAGCUGGAACGCAUUUUCCAGCGCACUCAGUUCCCCGACGUGUUUGUGCGGAAGGAGCUCGAAAUACCGGUGAAAGUUGAAGCCAAUGCUGAGCCCUGUGAACCUGAAGAUGAAGUGUCCAAGUAGUCUCUCUCAAACCCGCAAAAGGAUCUUCACAUUUUUCUCCUAGUUAUCCUUAUAUUAAUUGACUACCUGCCCCAUGUUUGUGAAAUUAGUAAAAUUUGGGAGGAGUAAGAAAUGGAAUAAGUAAAUUUCAUCAUAUUUUAUUACCUACCUAAUAUUUGUCAAUUAAAAUUUAAAAUUGGCAUUUGGGGUAAUUAAAAUAAAAUGGAAUAACAUCAAAUGGGAAUCUCACAAAAAGAAUAGUAACUUGCUAAUGGAAAAAAGAAAAGGAACCAACCUGCUCCUCCUGUUUACUGUCUAAGACUAAAUAAAAUUUAACUGUUUUAACA